AUGAAGUGUAUUGUGGCGGGGAAGCCUGCUAUCUGGCAAGGAUUCUACAAUGAGUAUUGCUUUACCCAAGGAAGAUUUCAAAUUGUGGAUGAUGCAUCAAACAGCCCGAAUGCAUUCGUCCCCGUUGGAUUUGCAGACUUUUUCGUCCGAAACUUUCAAUGGAUGCCUUACUUGUUCAUUCUUCAACUGGUUCUCUUCGCAAUUCCAAAAUGUGCAUGGACAGCUUUUGCUUUAUCAUUCAAAAAUGUUAAUCAAACCGUCUCGGCGAUUUCACAGGCUCGUUGCAUAAAAUCAUUGAAAGGUGAAGAAAGAAUGAAAGAAGUUGAAGCAAUUUGCGAGUUUUUGCUGCGCAGUCUUGGAUCUCCACAAGAAAGACGACACUGCUUACAAGGUCAACUAGCGGUACUUCUGUAUGUCGUUCAAAAAUGGCUCCAAGUGUUGAACCUGAUUGCUCAAUUUGGAAUCUGCAUGUUUCUGGUUGAUAGCACUUCAAUCUUCUGGGGAUUUGAGUUGAUGAAGGAAGUCUUUAUUCGCCCAUCCAAAGAAUCGAUGAGGAAAUUUCCAAAGAAAGCAAUUUGUUAUGUGCCUGACGAUUAUGGAUACGAGAAAGGAUCGCUGAACAUCACGACUCCAAAUCAAAUGCUUCAAGCAAACUGCUUUAUCUCCAUCAACAGCGUUUAUGAGCAACUCUACGUUUUCCUGUUCUUCUGGCUCAGUUUCCUCUUCAUCAUCACGUUUCUGAUGGCCAUUCAUUACACGUUGUUUCUACUGUUACCACGAUGGAGGAUUUAUUGUGCUUCAAAAUAUUUGCCUACUCCAAAGUCGUUGGCGAUGGGUUCAGCUGUUGGACAAGCCAGCCCGGCACAUAUCUCAUUGCCGUCAAAUCAUCUUUCGGAAUAUUUCAUAAACUCGGUUCUAAUGGCCGAUGGUUGCAUGGCACUGUGGUUUAUAAAGGAGAUGGCUGGCAAUCAAGUAUCAGCUGAAAUGGCGCAAUGCAUUUGGAACUUUUCAGUGAGUCGGACAGUAGAAUCACAGCCCAUUCUUCCAACUCGAGGCACCCUCAACUAUCUCGGCAAUCACAGUAGCAAUGUGUUGUCCCCUUCAAAAUCACCUUCAAAUCUUUUGACCACACGCUCAACUUCACUCAUCCGCCCAAUGAAAGAAGUCGAUUUCGCAAUGCUUCUCUACGAUAGGAUUGCCAACACCGCCAAUUUUGCAAAGGGCCGCACCGAAAGCCUCUACAACUAUGGUAUUGAUUCUGCCAAUACGGUUAUCGGUUCUGGUCGUGAUGCUGUGGCUAAAUGGAUGCGCAUCGUGCUGGGCACAGGUGUCAUUUUUGGAUUGUUGGCUCUGGCAGUAUUCACCUCGAUCAUCUCUUUCCUUUGCGACUACAUCUUUACUCACUGGGUUGAUUUGAACGAUGUGACGGGAAUUAUCAAGAUACCACUUUUCUUCUACAAGUUGUCAACGACCAUUGUCGCUAGAGUCAUGAAGAUUGAAUGGAACAUGGGAGCCACCAUUGAACAAACAAGCUCGUACGUCCGCACGGCCGUUGGCGACGCAGUCACAUCAGUGAAGCAACUUGAUUUUAAAAAGAUGAACUUGGAAGAAGUCACGAUGAGCGGCAUUGAUACGUCUAAUCAACAUCUAAAUGAUCAACUCACUGUAUUGAAGGACAAAGGCACCGUCGUACUCACUGGCUCAAACUUGAACGGUUUCGUCACCUACAUUGCGGAGAUCAAGGAUAGAUUUGACGAGACCGAGAAUCUUUUUGACGUCCAAGGAGAAGUAAUCGAUGGUUUCUACGAGGGACUUGAUCAAGUGAAAGCCCAGUGGAAGAGCUUCCGCGGCGAAUCAAAGCAAAAGCAGCGUGCAAUGGUUGUUUCUCCAAGAGGAAGAAGCCGAUCGCUCAGCCGUAGCCCGGUUCGACGCAAGCAUCGUGGCCGCUCUCUUUCUCGUUCUGUAAGCCGUGGAUCUCGUUCGCCAUCGAUGAGUCGGGAUAGGAAACGCUCGUAUCGACGCUCUUAUAGCAGGUCACCUCCUCGCGUUGACAGAAAAUCCCGUCGUCAUACUUAUGGAAAUCGCUAUAAUCCAGAGCCAAAUAGAUGCCUUGGUGUGUUCAAUCUUCCCAAAUCAACGACAGAAAGGGAGCUUGACAAGCUGUUUGGAAAAUAUGGAGACAUUGAACAGAUCCGCCUUGUUCGUGAUCACUACACCCGUGAGUCAAGGGGCUAUGCUUUUAUCUACUUUGAUACGACGAAGGAUGCAACUCGUGCUCGAGACCGGAUGAUGGGAGCUAACAUUGGCGGUAGGGAAAUCCGUGUGGACUUUUCAAUUGCUGGAAGUAACCGCCGACUCUCGCCUAGACGUAACAAUGAGGAUUAUCGUCGCUCUCGUUCAAGAGCUCGAUCUCGUUCAAGGGCUCUCUCAAGCCGCUCAAUGUCGCCACGUCGUUCGCGACGCGACGGGGGCUCUCGAAGCAGAUCACCAGCUCCAAAACAGCCUCGUCAUUCGGCUUCAAAGUCUCCUUCGCGUGAGAAGAGCGUCUCACAAGAACCAUCAGUUCACAGCAAGAAGUCACCCGAGCCUUCGCCUUCA